AUGUACUCUCUUGGUUUCAUCAACCAAGUCUGUGUCCUGAUUUUCGAUGUCAAGUACAUAAUCAUUGGGUUCGAGCGGCGGAUGGCGUUCAAGAAUCGCGCCACCUACGAAUACAGUCAGGACGGGACAACGAUACGGGUGUUCUGCGGCAUUGUCUGCACUCUGCUUUUGAUGGCGACCGCAAAAGUUGGGCUUUUUCUGAAGUUGCGCGACUUGCCACCCGACCUGGCCCUGCACAAGGCCUUCAUGUUGGAUUCUGAUUUUGCGACGUGGGUUUUUUGUCAUACGAUUGCCGUGGCUGGAUGGGUGUAUGGAUUCCAGGUGAGUCCCCUAAUUCCGGCCCUAAAAUGGAGUUUGUACAGCGCGAUUUAAUUUUUUCGCUACGCCUCUCGCAAUUCCCAUUUUUUGAGCGAUAUACGAUGGUACAGCUUGAGCUGAAUUUGGGGCCGCAAGAAAUUCCAAAAACCUUUUCCCACGAGAGUAACAGUCUGUCGGGAAAAUAAUGAGCAUAAUAUUGCUGCGCCGAUCACGUCGCUGAAGCGAAAAUCAAUUUGAUUUUGCCGAUAAACAAAGUCAGAAAUCAACAAACAAGUGAGUACCUUAAUGGUCAACUUGAAUUAAAACAGGACAGCUAUCGCCUGAGGCGACAGAGGUUUGACACACCUUUCUGUAAAACCAAUAUAGGACAAAAAACAUUUAAAUUUCGUGCCAGUACUGUGUCUAACCAAUCCUGACCGAUUCACCACCGAACCGGACGAUCAUGGCGCACAGGCAAUUUGCCUAGCGCAAUAAAGUUGAAAGUUGAAGUUGAGGCACAAUUCAUUUUUUUGAUGCGGUUUUUGAUGGGAGAGAGUGUCAUUAUUUUCCCGACGGGCUGACCUGCGCGAACAAUUUCUAACUGCCCCUUUCUCAACCACUUAUUUCCUUUUCCAGACCGUCCACGAACUAAGCAGACGGGCUAAUCAAACCCGACACACUGGCAGUCUCACAGAGUCUUUCACGGUAAAGGAGAUCCUAAACGUCAUCAAAGUCAUCAAGCCCGUGAUUCACGCUUACAUCGUUGUGAUGGUGAUUGCGUUCACAAUCGUCAUGCUGAUGCUGCCUUGUAUUUAUACCGGUGUUAUGGACGAAAGCGACAUGUACUAUCAGGCCAUUGUGACUGUAAGUCCUCAUUCUUUAUUAAUUUAUUUCUAGACGUAGCUCAGUUAAUUUGCAUGGGAAAUCAAGUAAUUGCAAGCGCAAAUGGGCUAGGACUAUUCUUGUUUAUGACUUAGUUUAGUAUGCCAUAUGACUUUACUCUAAACGGGUAGUAUCAAGGUUCAUAAAUCACAACAGGGAACGUGACUCACAAUAGUAAUAAAAAGGAAGGUGUCUUCAGUGUGACCACUAAGAUUUCCCUUAAAUUUUGAACACGAAUUUCGCAUACAGUGGCGGACUUUAUCCAUUGGCUAAAAACGUACCAUUUUGCAUCCGGAAGUAUCAAAAAUGCAGCAAAAUACCUCCCUGUCCAAGUGAAAAAACUCCGAUUUCUAAAGCCCGCCAACUCUUUUUGUAAGGGAAACCCUUCAAAACGAAGUUUUUCACUUGGAGAGGGAAGCAUUUUGCCACAUUUUUGAUACUUCCCGGAUGCAAAUGAUACGUUUUUCGCCACUGGAUCAAGUCCUUUACUGUAUAUCAAACAUGGAUUCUUGAAGAUUUUAGUCUGCGCUUUGCAGAGACAGAAUCACGCAAAAUUCGGAGGUGGUUCAGAGAGGAAAACAUUUUUUUGGUAUCUUUGUUAUAAUAAUUUGAAAAAAAAUUUUUUAUGGGACCUCUCAAUAGAGCUACAGUCUUCAUGGCAACCCAUAAAAAUUAAUGUUGAAUUUUCAUCAACUUUCGUCUUUUCUUCUGCAAAACGCAAGUUGUAAAUCGCGCAAGGGGCUUAGAAAAAGUUGCUCUAAAUUUUCGAAACCUUCCAUUCAAAUUUGUUAGUGAUACUUCAAUAAAUUACCCGUUAGAUUCGAAUAUAUACCAAGGUUUUUUGUAAAGCUCGUCUUUCACGUAUAUCGUGGUAUUAUAUAAUAUUUACGCCGUAAUAUGCAAAAAAAUCUUUUUGAAAGAAACUUCUUGUUUUAAUUAACUUUACAUUCAAAUUUCAGUUCGAGUAUGCUCUCUUGGACACGUACAAUGUGUUCGCCAGCUGCUACAUGGUCUGGAAUUUCAAGCCUCUUCGGCGCGCCCUCAAGCAAGACAUCACAAGUUGUUUCCGAAAGAAGUGCUUCUCCGUGGAGGUGGAACCUGAAUCAGUUGAAAAGUACAGUGCCAUGCAAGGAACAGACUUGUACUUUGAACAGCUCACAAAAAGCUGGAAACUUGAUGCGCAUAUGAAAUAA